AGCUCGCCGCCUAGGGCCCGAGCGGGCAGACCGGGUACUGAGUCCCGAAAUCGCCAGCGCGAGUCCCUGCUGGACCCGGCCAGGGAGCCAUGUGUCCCAACUGGGAAACUGGAGAAUCCAAGCCAACCACCUUGUGCAACAGAUGGAAAAACCGAGUUUCGGGGCGGGAAGGUUCUGCUCGAAGUCACACUAAUUUUGUAAAAAUGGAGUUUCAAGCUGUAGUUAUGGCCGUUGGUGGGGGAUCUCGGAUGACAGACUUGACUUCCAGCAUCCCCAAGCCUCUGCUUCCAGUUGGAAACAAACCUUUAAUUUGGUACCCUCUGAACCUGCUUGAGCGUGUUGGAUUUGAAGAAGUCAUUGUGAUUACAACCAAAGAUGUCCAAAAGGCCCUCUGCACAGAAUUCAAGACGAAAAUGAAACUAGAUAUUGUGUGCAUUCCUGAUGAGGAUGACAUGGGAACUGCAGAUUCUCUACGCCGCAUAUAUCCAAAACUUAAGACAGAUGUGCUGGUCCUGAGCUGCGAUCUGAUAACAGAUGUUGCCUUACAUGAGGUUGUGGACCUGUUCAGAGCUUAUGAUGCAUCACUUGCCAUGUUAAUGAGAAAAGGACAAGAUAGCAUAGAACCAGUUCCAGGUCAGAAAGGGAAAAAAAAAACAGUGGAACAGCGUGACUUCGUUGGAGUGGACAGCACAGGAAAAAGGCUGCUCUUUAUGGCUAAUGAAGCAGACUUGGAUGAAGAGCUGGUCAUUAAGGGAUCCAUCCUGCAAAAGUACCCUAGAAUACAUUUCCAUACAGGCCUCGUGGAUGCCCAUCUCUACUGCCUGAAGAAAUACGUUGUAGAUUUCUUAAUGGAAAAUAGGUCAAUCACUUCUAUCCGAAGUGAACUGAUUCCAUACCUAGUAAGAAAACAGUUUUCCUCCGCUUCCUCGCAGCAGAGGCAGGAAGACAAAGAAGAGGAACUAAAGAAAAAGGAGCUGAAGUCUUUAGAUAUUUACAGUUUUAUAAAAAAUGACAACACUCUGACUUUGGCUCCUUAUGAUGCCUGCUGGAAUGCCUUUCGAGGAGACAAGUGGGAAGAUUUUUCUAGAUCACAGGUGCGCUGCUAUGUCCACAUCAUGAAAGAGGGACUCUGCUCUCGAGUGAGCACGCUGGGACUCUACAUGGAAGCCAACAGGCAGGUACCCAAAUUGUUGUCUGAGCUUUGUCCAGAGGAGUCGAUGAUCCACCCGUCGGCCCAGAUUACCAACAGACACCUGGUUGGAGUUGACAGCCUCAUCGGGCCAGAUACACAAGUUGGAAAUAAGUCAUCUAUUAAGCGCUCAGUCAUUGGCUCAUCCUGUGUCAUACAAGAUAGAGUGACUGUUACCAAUUGCCUUCUCAUGAACUCUGUCAUCGUGGAAGAAGGAAGCAGCAUCCAGGGCAGCGUCAUCUGCAAUAAUGCGGUGAUUGAGAAGGGCGCAGACAUCAAGGACUGUUUGGUUGGAAGUGGUCAGAGGAUGGAAGCCAAAGCUAAACGAAUGAACGAGGUGAUUGUGGGAAAUGACCAGCUCAUGGAGAUCUGAGUCCUGAACAAGACUGACCCCUUCCUUUUGGCCCCAAAACUACAGAUGUUGGCUGGCCCACCUGUUUGACUCUGUAUUUAUUUUUCUUUCUUUCUUUUUUCUUUUCUUCUUCUUCUUCUUCUUUUUUUUUUUUUUUUUUUUAA